AUGUUUUGGCAGGAUACCUUUGAUCUAUACAUCAGGCGCCACCUACCAAGCUUUUUCCAUGCUAGCGAAUCACCCCGGCUUAACUCAUUCAUUCUUGGAUUAGCGGCAGGUUCCAUAAGUGGGUUUUCGCUGAACGUAAUGCAAGCGAUAAAAUUUCGCAUGUGGAGUUUAGACUCGAAGCGCUCUUCCUUUCUUAGAACUGCUUGGCACAUGUACAGGGAGGGCGGCGUGUUGAUUUUUUUUCGUGGGUGUAUUCCGACCGUCGCACGCGAUAGCGUAUUUGGGAUAGUGUAUGAAACAGUGCGAGGUAUCAAUAUUUGGCAGAAAGCUUACGACCGAUUCCUUAAUGGUCCCUUGGGCUCAGACGUGUCGCAUCAUGAAAGCGUAGGGAUGGAGGUUUCAAUGCUUAAGGAGGAAGCCCCGGGAGUUGCGGCCACUGUCACCCCUGCAGCACAGGCGAGUCCUGCCGAUAAUAAGCUGUUGUCUGAGCAAAGGGAGGAGGGGCCCCCAAAACGUAGGUCAAUUCCUUUUAUUUCGAAUAUGAUAGCAGCUACUCUAGCUUCAAUCAUUUCAUCACCGUUUAACUAUGUGCGCUCUGUUGUCUAUGGGACCCCACCAAAAGCCUUCCCGCUCAGCUACACAACCCUUCACCGUUCCUUUUUAAUGCAAUUUUUAUAUGUCUAUCAUAACGGGGAGAGCUACGUCGAAAAGUACACUUCUCCAAAAUACAGGAAGGUAGGACAUGAUGGUAGUGAAGUCUUAUUGAUGCAGUCUUCUUCCACGGAGUCCUCAUCGACACGGCCGCGUCCUGUUGACAAUCGAUUCAACAUUGUGAGGGGGCGGAUGUUACAAUGGUCCAAGGGUCAUCAUCCCGUGGCUGCAUGCCAAUGGGCGAGUACCCGCUUAAAUGUCGGUUGGGGUUCCAUACGCGUGGGCUUAGGUAUGGCUAUUAGUCAAGGCACAUUUCACUUGAUACAGGAAUGCAUUAUUAAAUUCAAUCGUGCUAUACACUAA